AUGGACGGUCCCUUGGAGGUGGAGGCCAGUGUUGCCCGUGGCUUUUUCAAGAGCUACAAUGACAUGCUGGGCGAUUCUGCCUAUGUGGGAGGAAGUGCUUGCUUCAUCCUUUGCGUGGGCGGUUCCGUCAUUACCAACCUGCAAGGGCAAUACAUUGGUGAAACCGUGGAGUUUGGUUUUGGAUUGCCAGGCGUUGAUUUUGAAGGAGGCGUUUGCAAAUGCAUGCCAACGGGAAACACAUAUGAGCGGAUCUUUCACAAUCUGCAGGACCACUGCCCAUCUGGAUGCUUCCCGGAAGAUGCAACGGUUGAGACGCCAGAUGGCAAGAAGAAGAUGCACCAGCUGCAAGUUGGCGACCGGGUCCUCGCAGUCAACGAUGCUGGGGAGGCUUUCUUUGACGAGAUCUACUUCUUUGGCCAUGCAGACCACAAAGCCAUGUCUCCUAUGGUGCAACUGCAGAUCCAGGAGUUGGGCUCAAAUUCUUCCUUGGAGCUGAAUCUUUCUCCAGAUCACUUUCUGCACAAAUGUCCCAAGCUGCAGCCGUGCCUUUGGAAAGAGGCGGAAGCGGCAUACGCAGCAGCUGUCCCAGAGGAAGCCUAUGCUUCUGGUUUGCACAGACAUGGACCACCAUGGGAGAUAGGGUGA